AUGGGCAGCUGCCGCCACCACUCGGGAUACUUGGCCGACGACGAGACUGGCCACUCUACGUAUGUGGCACGGUUGCAGCCACCCAAGAAGCCACUGUUCCCGGAAAUGGGGCCAACCUCCAAGCUGGGCCGUGAGCCACACCCACCAUCCAUGUAUGGCAGCUCAGCACUUCGGUGCCGCCGCCAAAACAGGACAGGCCCUCAGCCCUUUGGCACCUUCCUGGAUUUCCUGACCGAGGGCCAGGUGCUGGAAAGCCUGCAGACGGUGGUGGAGGAGGCGACUGAGCGCAUGACUGCUGUGAAGACAGAGGCCGGGGUGCCGCUGGUGCAGGUACAGGACCCAGUGGAGAUGCCAAGUGACAGGCGGCGGGCACGUGCCCGGCCCAGCCUCAGAACUGUGCACCGGCACCGUGCUCGGCCCAGCCUGUGCACGGGACGCCCCAACAACUACCCGUCCUGCUCUAGUUCCAUGUCCGACUCCCAUGGCAGCCUCACAGCUGGCCAGCUGGGCUCCCACAGCUGGGACAGUGACCUGGGAGCUCGUGGCUUAGGCUCACUGCCACCUGUGACAGACGAGCUCCUGCUAGAGAAGAACCUCAAGCGGCUGCUACGGCUGGAGAACAAAGGGAAAGGCCCGAGUCAGUCCUGCUCCCAAGACUCCCUGCUGUGGGACUCGCUGGGCAGCCAGACCAGCAGCCAGUGGACCCAGGAGCAGCCCCUGUCCUGGUUCUCAGGGCUGCUGGACUCAAGGUCAGGCACACCGGAAGCGUCAGAGCUGGGGCCUAAAGAGCGCGAGCUGAUCUUCCUCAAGCCAGAGUUCAACAAGGACAUCAAGUCGCUACUGAACCAGCCGGCAUCCUUCAACCUGCCUGGCUACUCUUCACUCCGGCAGCCCCAUCGCACCCUGGACUUCCUGGCCAAGCAUCACCUCUUCCCCGCCCUGCAGGGCGUGGUCAGCCAGGCUGUGGACAAGCUCAGUGGCGCCCGCCGCCGCGACGGCUGCCCUCUCUUCCCUGCCAACUUCAAGUCCACUGUAGAGCUGCCAGUUAACUUUGACCUGCUGUUGCCAGGCUCCAAGUUCACCACAACCGCAACCGCAAGAGCAACCGCAACUGCAACCACAACCACGACCGACACGGAGGAGCCCUGUGACUUCCUCCCCACCACAGACUCCAGCUCCAGGAUGUUUUGCGGAAAAAUCAAUGGACAACAGGCCUCCCCUUCCACGUCUAAUGCCCAGAUCGCCACCAAAUUCAGGCUCAAGAACCCCGACAGCAAGUUCUCGAAGAAGCAGCCGCUGCCCUCCAUCCCGUCCAAGCCCAGCACGUCCCACUUCAGCAACCCCUGGUACGAGGAACUCCUCAACUUCCUGACCCAGCAGGCGGUCUCCCUGCUCAUCUGCAAGUACAAGUUCGAGAACAACCUCAGUAAGCAGCUGAGCCUGGUGGAGCCCAAGCUCUCGGUGUCCUCUGGCACUGGUGUGGGCUCCAGUCCCACCAAGUCCAAGGAAAUACUGACCAGUGAAGACAGCGAGUACAGUGACAGGGUUGAGGUCGAGGACGAGGCCUCAGUCUCCAAGGAUGAAAGUGGGUCCCAGAACCUCCCUCAGCCUGGUGCGGAGGCCUUGGUCAGCCACUCUGUGGACGUGGGCCACAGUGACCCCCCAUGAGGUCCCUGGAAGUGACACUGAGCACUUGAUCCCCUGCUCCCCCUCCUGCUCCGUCAUAGAGUUAUUGCCCACUCAGCAGCCCCUGCCCUGCACAGGGGUCAGCAGUGGCUGAACGCCCACAGCGAGCUUUGCUGAGACCCUCAGGGAAGCCAGUGUAUGAAAUAGAAAUAAAGCCUGUGUUGACAGA